AUGCAAACUUCACUACCGUUAAAUGCUGUGGAGUUAAGGCGAAAAGAGAAGAUUUCAAAAGUAACGAAAAUCAGUCGAAAGAAACCAAUAGAAAAAAGUGAAAUGACGAGUUUGAAUGUCGAUAAGUGUUUACAUACUGAUGUCACUCCUCCAGUUCAAAUGCAGCCUGACAUAACUGUUCCAUCAUUAGAUGUUGUAGAGACAAAGCGAAAUGAGCGAUCGUUAUUAGCAAACAUUCCAGUAGUAAUGAAAAUUAAACGAAAGAAACCCAACGUUAAGAGUGAUAUGAAAAAUCCAAAUGUAGAAAGGCACAUGCAAAUGGAUAUGACUAAGCCUCGUCAAAUGCAGUACUAUUCAUCGGCAUUACAAGAGCCAAUGUUAAGCAUGAAAUCAACUGACGAUAUAUCUUCUCAGCAUACGCUGACUGCUGAUAAUGAUUUGCCGAUAGUAACGCAAGAUAAGGACAAAGCUAAAAGCAAGCAAGUCCGAUGGAACAAACGAAGCAGACAGUGUGCGAAGCAAACGACACCUUGUCGGUCACUGCUUCGCUAUUCUGAACGGCCGAUAUCUUCUCUCUUUUACCUACUAGCCACUACUACUCCCAAUCCAUGUCCUGCUUAUACGCAAAACAUUUUUUGGACAUUCGAUAGUACACUAAAUGAUUUUUACGAUGUUUUCAAUGGCGUUGGCAUUAACGGUGUGUCUUACGUUGCCAAUGGUUAUGUGGGCUAUGGAUACGGACUAAAAUUAACUUCCUCCCUCAAUCAAUCCGUUCUCGUCUCAACUACACCCUAUCUCUGUUUACGGAAUAUAAGUUUUACACUGGAAGUAUGGUUAUAUCCUACAAAUCUUACUCAAACCAAUGGUGAUAAUCUCUUUGGUCAAUGUCAAGCAUUUAGUACCGAUCAGUGUAUACAUAUAGCUAUUAGAAGUCAAAAAAUAUUCAUGGGCUUCUAUGGUGAUGAUCUUACUGGUACAACUACGUUAACAGUGAAUAGAUGGUAUCAUCUUGCACUUGUACUUGACGUUACCCUAUUAAAGAAAAGUAUCUAUAUUAACGGUAUUUUAGAUCAAUAUGGAUCUUCUAAUAGCUUUAAGGGGCUGGCUAACAGUCUGAAAAUUGGUACUAACGAUGUAUGGAAUACAUCAGGCUUCUACAAUGGUUAUAUGGAUCAAAUGUUACUGACAUUGCGAUCAAAGAAUGCUACAGAGAUAUUGAUUGAUGCAACAGUGGUUGUAUACUAUAAAUUUGAUGUAGCCACUGGAAUUUAUGAUGACUCGGGACCACUGUAUAUCAAUGGCACAGGAACAGAUGUCUCAUCGGUAUCGUCAGGUCGCAUUAACGAAGCCCUAUUGUUUGGUAGUUCUACACUGCCAUCUUAUUAUCAGUUUCAAGGCCUAACAGCGCUCGGUACGGCAAAUCAAGCAUUUUCCAUUUCGUUAUGGAUAAACCCCAGUUUUAUCAACGGCAGUGUUAUCUUACAUGUGAAUGGUGGUUACGAUACUACAGGUAUAGGGUUACCCGGUUGGUGUAUUCCAUUUAUUGGUAUAAGUUCCAGUGGACAUGUUGUUGUACAGAGUUGGAUAGGUUCAAUUGUUAGCGUUCUUGGUCCCGUGCUUUUAACAAAUAGUUGGAUACAUAUUGUUGAAACAUGGAGUGCAACUAACGGUCUACGACUGUAUGUGAAUGGUACACUUAACGGAAGUACCGCUGCUAGCACAUAUUCAGCAAGCGGACAUCCAGAUACGAUUACACUCGGUAAUUCCGUCAAUGCAACGAAUAUCUCGUGUACCGCUGGAUUAUUGGUUAUGUCUCAGUUCUUUGGUUUAAUUGAUGAAUUUCAGUUGUAUUCAAGGGAACUGAAUACUACAGAUGUUUAUAGUUUAGCUAAUCCAUAA